GUUCAAGAUGGGCCUAACUGGCAGAAGGCACCUGUUUUUGGAUUAUAACUGGAAUAUUUGUACACUGUGUAUCAACUCCAAGAAUGGGUUUCAAUAAUUCAUUAUCCAUUUGGGAACAUAAAAAUGGAGAGCUUAAAGUAGCAGUAUUCAUUUGGGUUUUUUUUUCCUUUGUAAAGGGAGCUUUGUAAUUUUUUUUUAAUGUUUGUUUUUGAGAGAAAGCAUGAGUGGGAGAGGAGCAGAAAGAGAGAGAGAUAGGGAGACCCAGAAUCCAGGCCCCAGACACAGGCCCCAGGUUCUGAGCUGUUAGCACAGAGCCUGACUCAGGGCUUGAACCCACAAACUGCGAGAUCAUGACCUGAGCCAAAGUCAGAUGCUUAACCGACUAAGCCAUCCAGGUGCCCCUAUAACUGAUAGUUUAUUUAAGCGCUCAUAAGUGAAUUACAUUAAUUCCUUCAUGCUCCAGCUAUCAUUCCUUUACAGACUGAGAAAUCAUUUAGGAUAAUCUAUAUGUAAAUGACAAUGACUCAACCAUUGGUUGAAAACCAAAAGUGUCUAAAGGAUCUUAAUUUACCAGUCAUUGAUUUCUUUAUUUGGGGAGGCCAUCCAUUCUCUUUCUUCAUCUUCCUGCUCUGAGGCACCUUUUUAAUAAAAGGGAGGAUCUGGGGGCAGUUUGCUACUAGAGCAGACUAUGGAAAUCCUCCAUAUGUAGUUAGGGUAUAAUUUAAAGGACUUCCUAUAAAUGGAUCUUUAUUAAUCCCAAGAGAUCUUCUCCAUGAUUUUUAGAAAGACGACUUUCCUGCCACUCUAUGUGCAAUGUGGCAUGUGUGUGUUAUGACUUAGAGUCAUGUUUUGGCCUGUGAAGCACAAAAACCUUUCUGGAGCCAAGUUUUGUCGGUGCUAAUACAUGCCCUUUACAUCCCACAUUCCUUAAUUGCUUCAGAACACUCACCUGAUAGGUGAGCAGCCCUCACACCCUUAUGAGAGAGGUAAGGUCAUUGGUUAGUUUCCCCAGGAGUUUGGAUUGCUCUUCCACAUGAGGUGGCAGAGCCCUGGCCUGCCAGCAGAGAUAUGCCUUGAGGUCCAGACUGCCAGAGCGAGCUCUGUAAGAGGACUAAGGAGCGGGAGUCCAGCCCGGAGGCAGCUCUCCUGACUGCUGGGUAUUUUUCUCUGGAGUGUGUCAAGAGCAGGAAAUGUGACAACGUCAGUUAGGCAAUGGCAAGGUGAGUGUCCUCACAGACCAAGUGGAAGCACAAGGAGAAAAGAUUCGGGACCUGGAGGUGUGCCUGGAAGGACACCAGGUGAAACUCAAUGCCGCCGAAGAGAUGCUUCAACAGGAGCUGCUAAGUCGCACGUCUCUUGAGACCCAGAAGCUUGAUCUGAUGACUGAAGUUUCUGAGCUGAAACUCAAGCUGGUUGGCAUGGAGAAGGAGCAGAGAGAGCAGGAGGAGAAGCAGAGAAAAGCAGAGUCGGUUCUGAAUGUGAUCAGUGAGCUGCAGGAGCAGAUGUGUAGGCUGCAGCUGGACAUCCACAGGCAGAUUCAAGAGCGCCUCUUACUCAGUAGGGGCUGCCCUGAGGAGGUGGCGGCUGGUGACGGCGCAGCCGAGCCCUCGCCCUGCGGCCAGGACUGUGCCUGUUGGGAGGGGUCACCUGAGUUACUGCAAGAGCUCAGGCACCUCAAAAUCAAGGUAGAAGAGUUGGAGAAUGAACGGAAUCAGUAUGAGUGGAAGCUGAAGGCCACUAAGGCUGAGGUAGCCCAGCUGCAAGAGCAGGUGGCCCUGAAGGAUGCAGAAAUUGAGCGCCUGCACAGCCAGCUCUCCCGGACUGCAGCCCUGCACAGCGACCACGCAGAAAAAGACCAAGAAAUUCAACGUCUGAAAAUGGGGAUGGAAACUUUGCUUGUUGCCAAUGAAGAUAAGGACCGUCGGAUAGAGGAGCUCACAGGGCUGUUAAACCAGUAUCGGAGGGUGAAGGAGAUCGUGAUGGCAACUCAAGGGCCUGCAGACAGAACUCUCUCAAUCAAUGAAGAAGAACUCGAGGGAAGUUUCCGAAAGUGGAACAGUGCAAACAAAGGCCCUGACGAAUUACUUAAGCCAGAGAUGCCUCCAAGAUGUAGUUCUCCCACCGUGGGGCCACCUCCACUCCCGCAGAAAUCACUGGAAACCAGGGCUCAGAAAAAGCUCUCAUGUAGUCUAGAAGACCUGAGAAGUGAACCUGUGGACAAGUGUGUCGAUGGGAACCAGCUCUCCCCAGUGAUAGAACCCAAGGACGACCCUUUCCUGGCAGAGCACAAAUACCCCACAUUACCUGGGAAGCUUUCGGGAGCUACGCCCAAUGGAGAGGCUGCCAAGUCAACUCCCAUGGCCUCGCAGCCCGACCCCACAGGGGGCAGCCUGCUGAGGCUGAAUCGUGGCCGGAGUGUCAGUGCCCCCGUAUUAGGAGACACAGAAAGUGGUUGGGACGACACUGCUGUGGCCAAUGACCUCUCAUCCACAUCAUCGGGCACUGACUCAAGCCCCCAGUCUCCCCUGACGCCAGAUGGUAAACGGAGCCCCAAAGGCAUCAGGAAAUUCUGGGGAAAAAUCCGAAGAACUCAGUCAGGAAAUUUCAACACUGAUGCUCCGGGGAUGGCAGAGUUUCGACGCGGUGGGCUCCGGGCAACCGCAGGGCCAAGGCUUUCUAGGACCAGAGACUCCAAGGGUCAGAAAAGUGACGCCGGUGCCCCCUUUGCCCAGUGGAGCACAGAGCGUGUGUGUGCGUGGCUGGAGGACUUCGGCCUGGGUCAGUACGUGAUCUUUGCCAGGCAGUGGGUGACUUCUGGCCACACUUUACUGUCAGCUACCCCUCAGGACAUGGAAAAGGAGUUAGGAAUUAAGCAACCUCUGCACCGGAAGAAGCUGGUUUUAGCAGUGAAAGCCAUCAACACCAAGCAGGAGGAGAAGUCCGCACUGCUCGACCACAUCUGGGUGACACGUUGGCUUGAUGAUAUUGGCUUACCCCAAUAUAAAGAUCAAUUUCAUGAAUCCAGAGUUGAUGGGCGAAUGCUACAAUAUCUGACUGUGAAUGAUCUCCUCUUCUUAAAAGUCACGAGCCAACUACAUCAUCUCAGCAUCAAGUGUGCCAUUCAUGUGCUACAUGUCAACAAGUUCAACCCCCACUGCCUACACCGGCGGCCAGCUGACGAGAGUAACCUUUCUCCUUCAGAAGUUGUACAGUGGUCUAACCACAGGGUGAUGGAGUGGUUGCGAUCUGUGGACCUGGCGGAGUACGCGCCCAAUCUUCGUGGGAGUGGUGUCCAUGGAGGCCUCAUUAUCCUGGAGCCCCGCUUCACUGGGGACACCCUGGCUAUGCUUCUCAAUAUUCCACCGCAGAAGACGCUCCUCAGACGUCACCUAACCACCAAAUUCAAUGCCCUGAUUGGUCCUGAGGCUGAACAGGAGAAGCGAGAGAAAAUGGCCUCCCCGGCUUACACACCACUGACCACCACAGCCAAAGUCCGGCCAAGGAAACUGGGAUUUUCACAUUUUGGAAACAUAAGAAAAAAGAAAUUCGAUGAAUCGACAGACUACAUUUGCCCAAUGGAGCCCAGCGACAGUGCUGGUGACGGUCACAGGGUCUACAGUGGCUACCGGGGCCUUAGCCCCCUCGAUGCCCCUGAACUGGAUGGGCUGGACCAGAUGGCGCCUUCGGAAGGCACUGUGACGCAGAUAGGGCUCCUCUCCCAAGACAUUCACCGUCUCACGACUAUGCUGAGCCAGGACCAGCUGCUGAACGACUCUCGCCUGGCGGCUCCCAACCCUGAGGACUGGAGAUGACUUUCUUCAUGGCCAAGAGGCCAGAGAGGCACGUGUGGGGGCCCCAAGUCUCUGCUUCAAGGGGGGCUGGCACAGCCACCCGCAGAGUCCAGACGGGCUGGCAGGACAUCUUGGAACGUGGGUGCUGACAGGAGCGAGCAGAGUGGUGAACAGAUGUCAGGGGGUGGGCCCAGGGGGCCCCGUGUUUUCAACUGUACUGUGCUCUUCACCACAGCUUUUAUACCUUUUGUACUUUUAUACGUGGACUGCACCCCACUUCUGUGGGGAGGGCAGUGAGACAUCAGCACAGACUCGAUUCAAUGGCUCACGCUCUUCCCUGAGACAGUUGGGAGGUUCUUAACACCAAAGGGAAAGGGCAAUGAGUUCAUAAAAGCUCUGCUGUUAAGAAAAUCCUGAA